AUGGCUGAGGGAGGUGUCGAAGAAAUGGUAGAGGAGGAGUUUUCCGUGUGGAAGAAGAACACGCCAUUACUGUACGACCUUGUCAUCUGCCAUGCGCUCGAGUGGCCAUCUCUCACCGUCCAAUGGCUCCCAUCGCCCCCAUCCGAUAAUGGCCCACUCGCUGUACACAAAUUGAUACUGGGGACCCAUACCUCCGAUGAAUUUCCGAAUUUCCUCAUGGUUGCCCACGCCCACGUCCCCCGCGGUACCAUUGAAAUGGAACCCGACAAUUCCAACACUCCUAGGGUAGAAAUUGUUCAGAAAAUACGUGUUGAUGGGGAAGUGAAUAGAGCUCGGUGUAUGCCACAAAACCAAGCUUUGGUUGCUGCUAAGACUAGUGGUUCUGAAGUCUAUGUAUUUGACUGUACCAAGCAGCUGGUGAAUGCUGGCAGGGGUAAUUGCGAUCCUGACUUGAGAUUGAGGGGUCAUGAUAAAGAAGGAUACGGGCUGUCGUGGAGUCCAUUCAAACAAGGAUAUCUUUUGAGUGGUUCAAAUGAUUGCAAAAUUUGCUUGUGGGAUGUCACUGCAAUGCCUCAAGACAAAAUCCUUGAAGCAAACAAUGUCUACGGGGGACAUGAAAGUGUGGUUGAGGAUGUGUCAUGGCAUUUGAAAAAUGAAAAUUUAUUUGGUUCUGUGGGAGAUGAUUGCAAGCUAAUGAUUUGGGACUUGCGCACAAAAAUGCCCCAGCAUUCUGUUGUUGUGCACGAGAAAGAGGUGAACUAUUUAUCAUUCAAUCCAUUCAAUGAGUGGGUUCUGGCUACAGCAUCCUCUGAUACCACCAUUGGUCUGUUCGAUAUGCGCAAUCUAAGUUCGCCGUUCCACGCUCUUAGUAGUCAUAUGGAGGAGGUAUUCCAGGUAGAGUGGGAUCCUAACCAUGAAACUGUGCUGGCAUCUUCCGCAGAUGACAGAAGGUUGAUGGUUUGGGACCUUAACAGGGUUGGAGACGAACAGUUGGAAGGUGAAGCUGAAGAUGGUCCUUCGGAGCUCCUCUUCUCUCAUGGUGGUCACAAAGCAAAGAUUUCUGACUUUUCAUGGAACGAGAAUGAGCCAUGGGUUAUUUCAAGUGUAGCGGAGGACAACACUUUACAGGUCUGGCAAAUGUCCGAGAGUAUUUAUCGUGACGAGGAUGAUAUCCCAAGUGCUGAUUGUAUGUAA